UAAGAAUUACAAAUUUUCAUUUGUUGACUUAUGAUUUGUUCAGGAUACGAUAAAUUCGCUACCAUUACAAACAAUGAUCCGUUUUUUUGUCAUUUUAACAUAUCACAUAUCGUCUGUGCAACAAAUUUCAUUUGCUCAUCCCUCUUUGUUCUGAUUACAAAAUUGUUUGACAUAGGUACUGACACAGUUAGUAAAUUCAACAAAUAUGUCGAUAAUAGUUCUUAUUGUUAAUGCUUUUUGCACCACCAACAAAUUAAAAUAUUCGAAUUUGUUGCUGCAGCAAAUGAAAUGCGCGGACGAAAGUGCGCAGCGAUAGCACAUGUUUCGGCUUGUCGUAACGGCAAACUUCUAAUGUGCGCUCGUUUUCCUUUCGUUUCCACAACUGUGAUCAGUAAAAUGAGUGGUGAAGAGAAACAAGCCGAACAAGAUGCUGUUUCCGAGCGGCUGAGACGUUGGGGUUUGAGUAAUCAAGUUGUGCAAGCAUUUAAAGAUCAAAAAAUUACUCAGCAAGUAUUUCCUUAUAUAGAUCAAGAUACAAUACGUGAAUUAAUUCCACUGGCUGGGGAAAGGCUAUUAUUUAAUAUUAAAUUUAAAGCUGAAAUCCAAAACGUUCAGAUCCAAAACGCUGAGAUUUUACAAAUUCAUGAUCCCAUUGACAUAUUAAGAGAUACUGAGGAGAUCCAGCUUUCUGAACAGGUCAUAAUCAAUACUGAGGUUGAAGUAAAUGUACAAGAGGAUCUUACAGAGGAUCUUAUUAAUGAGGAUCUUACAGAAGAGUUACAAACCAGAAUUACAGCUGUUACUGAUGGUGCAGUAACAUUGAAUAAUAAUACACGCAAUAAUAGAAAUAAUAUUGAACCUUCUUCAACUCAGCUAAAAGAGAGAGAGAGAAGAUUUCAAACUCCUUAUCAAUCAAAAAAUGACGUUGAAAAUGAAGAAAACUCUGAAUAUGACUUGAGAUCAAUAUUAAAAAGUAGUGAUAAAGGACGAAUUGUACUUCAGGCUUAUGAAACAGAAAAAAAAUUAAACAACAAAUAUCGAAAUUAUCUAGCUGAGGCUAUUAUUAAUUCAGAACUGAAAAAUGACCUGGACAAGCGCUUGUCAUGUGAUCGGCUUGAUAUGAUUUCACAAAAAAUUUUACAGAUUUUUCCUACUGAAACAAAGGAAAUAUACAUUGAUAUAGAUCCUAGUAGUGGUAUUUGCAACACUGGAAAGGGUAAACUAUACAGUAAGUGGUAUAAUAAACGCCGGCAACUUAUCCGUUUGAAUUUGAUUUCAUCAGGAGGAAGAAAAGAGCAUCGAAAGGGUAAAAAACGUGAAAGAGAAAAUGAUGAAAUUGAUGAAUCCAUUGAGGUUCAUGAUGCUUUACUGUGGCUAAGGAACAGUUCUCAACCUUGGCCAAAAGUACUAGAAUAUUGGCAGCUGACUUCAAGUCAGCGGUGGAUCGAAUUAGUGAGAGGAAACCUAUCUAUAGGAGAAUAUAUGGCCCAGUAUCCAGCUCUGGAUAACGAAAAAGGGUACACACUGCUUGAGCUUGAUUUUGAGAGGAAAUAUACUGACAAAUUUAUGAAAUUGUUUGUGAACUGGCGGAAACUAUCAGAUUUUUUAUUUGGAAAAAUAUCUGCAAAAUUAAAAGAUUUUUGCAAUGAUGAAGUUUCUGAUG